AUGGGAGUUCCAGCCUUUUUUCGAUGGCUUAGUCAGAAAUAUCCCUCAAUCGUUGUUCAUUGCGUUGAAAAACGCGGCCGUGUCAUAGAUGAGGAGGGUCACAGAGAACCUGUGGAUAUUCUUGGGCCUAAUCCCAAUGGAGAGGAGUUUGAUAACCUUUACCUCGACAUGAAUGGCAUCAUUCAUCCUUGCACCCACCCCGAAAACAAACCACCCCCUAAGACUGAAGCGGAGAUGUUUGUGGCCAUCUUUGAGUAUAUUGACCGCAUCUUUGCUGUUGUUCGACCUCGACGUCUACUAUAUAUGGCUAUCGAUGGAGUGGCGCCACGCGCUAAAAUGAAUCAGCAGCGUUCACGUCGUUUCCGUGCGGCCAAAGAGUCCCACGAUAGAGAAUUGACUGUCGAACGUCUUCGUUCGGAGCUAAUGGCCAAAGGUGCGAAAUUGCCGCCCCCGAAAGGCAAUGAUGAACACUUCGACUCGAAUUGCAUCACUCCAGGUACACCAUUUAUGGAGAGGCUGGCUUUGGCUCUGCAGUAUUACGUCUACGAACGCCUGAAUUCACAUCCCGCCUGGCGUGAAAUUCAGGUAAUCUUGAGUGAUUCGAAUGCACCUGGUGAAGGGGAACAUAAAAUCAUGGAUUUCAUUCGACGUCAGCGCCAGGCACCUACUCACGACCCAAAUACGCGUCACUGUCUAUGCGGUGCAGAUGCAGAUUUGAUAAUGUUGGGCUUAGCCACACACGAGCCACACUUUACAAUCAUUAGGGAGGAGUUUAAGCCCAACCAGCCAAAACCCUGUGCUCUCUGUGGGCAGUAUGGGCAUGAGAUGGAGGAUUGUGUCGGUGCUCCCAGCGAAAAUUUCGAUCAACCUCCGCCACCUCCAGGGACCGAUGUGGAGUUUAUAUUCAUCAAGCUGGCCAUAUUGCGCCAAUAUCUCGAAUCGGAGCUACAAAUGCCCAAUAUUCCAUUCCAGUGGGACUUGGAGCGUGCUAUUGAUGACUGGGUAUUCAUGUGCUUCUUUGUGGGCAACGACUUUCUACCCCAUUUACCCAGUCUGGAGAUCCGUGAGGGUGCCAUUGAUCGUCUAAUCGAUCUGUAUAAGUUGGCAGUCAGUGAUGUUGGUGGAUGGCUUACUGACUCUGGCCACGUUUAUCUUGAUCGCGUUCAAUUAAUAAUGACAGAGCUGGGCAAAGUUGAAGACGCGAUCUUCAAGUCGCGUCGAGAAGAAGAGCUUGCCCUCCGGGAUCGACGCAAGCGUCAGAGGCUCGGUGACAGUGGUCGACACUCCUGGGAUGCACCCUCUUCAGGCAUUCUUGCACCUGCUCCAAUUGUCGAGAAACCGCGUUUCGGCAGCGUAAACGCGAAUGAAGUACAUGAUGCCCGGCGUCAUCGUCAACCGAAUGUGAAGUGGGUGGAGCAGUGUCUGCAGAACCAGGAGGCCGCAGUUUCGCUUCGUGCCAUGCUUAAGUCCUCCACCUCUCCCACUCCUUCCAGAAAACUCAAAACUCCACCCACAAACGAAGGAGAAGAUGAAGACGGUGGCGGUCCAUCAUUGCUAAAGAGGCAAAGGAGGGGUCUUCUUGGUGGCGUGGACGCCUCGGUAAUCAAAACAAAGGUGGUAGGAACCAAGAGUGAAGAUGAAGAAGUUUUGGAUGAGGACGAGCGUGCAGAUCGUUGUGACGAGGUGCGAUUGUGGGAGGAGGGUUGGCGUCCUCGCUACUACCAAAGCAAGUUUGGUGUGGAUCCCUCAGAUGCGCCUGAGUUCUGCAUCAAGGUUGCGCAUGAAUAUGUCAUCGGACUGUGCUGGGUUCUCGCAUAUUACUAUCAGGGAUGUGCGUCAUGGGACUGGUAUUAUCCCUACCACUACGCACCUUUUGCAAGCGACUUUGUAAACGUGGCUUCAGUGGAGAUAGGUUUUGCCAAGAAGUGUACCAAGCCUUUCCGUCCUCUGGAGCAGCUGAUGAGCGUUUUCCCUGCAGCAUCCCGCAGCCAUGUGCCUCCAGCUUGGAGGGAUCUUAUGACUGAUCCUGAUUCUCCCAUUAUCGAUUUCUAUCCGACUAACUUCAAGGCAAGUUUAUCUACUUGCCCCGAAGUGGACCUCAACGGCAAGCGGUAUCUGUGGAUGGGUGUGGCACUGUUGCCAUUUGUGGAUGAGGUGCGUUUGCUGAAGGCGCUGGACGAGCGUCGCAGUCGCCUUACUGACGAGGAGCGUUAUCGCAAUUUGCGUCGUCCUGCACUCUACUUUGUGCACGCUGACACACCCAUCGGUCAGACAAUCACCGCUCUCUACGACCCCACAUCAACCCAAUCGAGUGAGUCGAAGACAAAAAAGUCACAAACAGAGGAUGAUAGUGAGUACGGCGGUACUGCACCGCCUGAAGCAACGCUGAUUAAUGCCGCGCUGACGCAGGGUAUUGCGGGUCACGUGUGGCCGGACUGGGAACACGUUUGUCUUCCUGGUCGCCUACUACGCUCUGGAGUCCCCGACCUCCUUCCUGACAUCCCGGCCGUUCAGCAGCAUGCUAUCUCGGCAUACUAUGAGAAUCCACCGUACCCCUUCGGACAUGUCUUCCCUGCUCGUCUGUUGGAUUCAGUCAAAAUGCCACCAAGGUGCCAGCUCUUGCCGCCGACGAAUCGCGGUCGUGGACGCGGUCGUGGAGGCUGGAGUGCCAACGGAGGCAAUCAGUGUUUUGACGGCUCCUCUACUAGAAAUAACAAUGGAUGGGGUGAGGGCACCUCAUGGCGGGCUGAUCAGACACCAGCUGAACGCAUGAUUCGUCGGUCACUGCCGGACUGUGAGGAAUUCCACGCACCUAGGCAGCGGAAUAACCCUCUGCAACGCUUCCAUCCCUAUGAGCGACAACAACAGCAAUAUCAAAGGGUCCCAACCUACCCACCUGCCUAUCCCCCGCCAUCAUUGGUGGGCCGUUUUGCAAACCCUUAUGCCACGUACCCCCACCCUGACGACGGAUUUGACUGGAAUCGACGUGGCAGACCGUCGUCAUAUCGUGGCGGCAGUUGGUACUCGAGACGGGGCUACUAUCGCUGA